UUUCAGGCAAUUGAAUCGUCCUUAUGUAUUCAAUUUCGAGAAGGCUUCCGCAUCUAACUUCGCUUUCAUCAAUUACUCAGAUUGCUUCUUCGUCCACUGGUACCAAGUUCAAUGGCGUCAUCCCUACCGAAUCAAUAGAGAAACGAUACUCAUUAAGUAGUGGGCCUGGAGGACAGAAUGUGCAGAAAAAUGCCACAAAGGUGGAGAUCAGGUUCAAAUUGGCAGAUGCCGAGUGGCUAUCGGACGAGCUGAAGGAUGGUCUCGCCAAACGUCUUGCGAAUAGAAUAAAUGCUGGGGGAGAGCUCAUCAUUGAGAGUGAUCGGACUCGGGAAAGGCAUCUCAACCUUGCUGAUUGCUUUGAUAAGUUGCGAUCCACAAUUUAUGAUGUUGAAAGAAAUAUGCACGCACGUGAAGAAACCGAAGAGGAUGCAGCAAUCAUCCGAAAGAGAGCAGACGUUGCCGCGCAGCGAAGGUUAGCCGAAAAAAGACGAGAAUCACAGAAGAAGCACAUGAGACACGUGGAAGUUGUAUUAUGA